AUGGGUAAAAGGAAAAUUUCUAAUGUUUGGACUUUUUUUACCAGAAGUACAGAUAGAAAACUUGCAAAAUGUUGCAAAUGUAAAAAAGAGUACAAAACCAGUGGCAAUACCAGUAAUCUCAAAGACCAUCUAAAGAGAAUACAAUCUACUAUAGUUGAGUCAGAUGAUGAAGAUACUCAAAAUAGUCAUUCAAUAUCCACAUAUUUUAAAAAACAAAAUGUUUAUGACCGUGACAGCAACCGUAAAAAAGAAAUAGAUAAGGCGUUGAUUUUAAUGGUUUGUAAAGACUUCCAACCUUUUUCUAUUGUUGAAGACACAGGAUUCCAAAAUCUAGUUAAAAUACUUGAUCCAAGGUAUGUAUUACCAAGUAGGCCAACGUUAAGAGACUCUCUAUUAAAGCAAAGUUAUGAAAUAUGUAAAGAAAAAUUAUUUGCUCUACUUCAAAAUGUUUGUCAUGUAAGUUUGACAUGUGAUUUAUGGUCUUCCAGAGCAAAUGAAAGUUUUUUAACGAUUACUUGUCAUUUUAUUGAUAAAGACUAUAAAAUGCAUUGUACAGUUUUGUCCACUAACAAAAYGGACAUUAAUCAUACUAGUGAGAAUAUUGCAACAGAAAUAAACCUAAUAAUAAAAGAUUGGGAUAUUGUUAAUAAAGUUGUUACAAUAGUAACAGACAACGCAUCUUCAAUGAUUAAAGCUUGUCAAAUACUAAAAAUACGUCACCUUCCUUGUUUUGCUCACACACUUAAUUUGGUCGUCCAAGAUUCAUUAAAACUAAAAGAAGUUGAUUGUGUUAUAAAAAAAUGUAAAAGUUUGGUGACUUAUUUUAAAAGCAGUAACAUAGCAACACAUAAGCUAAUAACUGAGCAAGAAAAUCAAAACAAAAAGCCUCUAAAAGUUAUUCAGGAAGUUCCUACAAGGUGGAACAGCAUGUAUCAUAUGAUAAAAAGAAUUCUAGAACUGAAGAAUGAUAUAACAAUUGUAUUAUUAAGAAUGCCUAAUGCACCUACAGUUUUAAAUUUAGAAGACAGUUUGGUUCUACAAGAUUUAAUCGAAAUAUUGAGUUAUUUUGAUGAUGCAACCAAAAAAGUAUCAGGUAAUUAUGUUACCAUUUCAUUGAUUAUACCUAUAGUGUAUGGUAUUUAUAAUCAUCUUAUUAAUCUAAAUUUAAGAACUUCAGAAGGAAAGAGUAUACUACAAAAGACAGUUGAAAGUGUUAAAACAAGAUUAUUUCAUUAUGAGGAACGUACUUUACCUCGUUUAGCUACAAUAUUAGAUCCAAGACUCAAAAAAGAGGCUUUUAGGUCUUCUGAUAAUGCUAAAUGUGCAGUUUCUUUACUUCAGAGCGAAAUGUCUUUGCAAGAAUCAUUAUUACCACAAAAUCCAGAGGAAAGCCAUGAUACUACAGAAUCGGCAUCUAACUCUGGUAAAUCAUUAUUUGAUUUUCUAGAGACAAGAAUAGCUGAAAAAAGUAAAAACAGGACRGUGACUGCCAAUUCAAUCAUUUAUUUAAAAGAAUACAUGGAACGUCCUAAUGCAAAUAAUGAUAUGGAUCCUUUAAUAUUCUGGAAUAUUAAUAAUGAUAGUCUUGGGACUAUUCCUACUUGUGCUAAAAAAAUCUUAUGUGUUCCUGCCACUUCAGUCCCAUCUGAAAGGAUAUUCAGUAAGGCUGGUAUAGUUGUUCCAGACAGGCGGUCUAGAUUAAAAGCUAAAAAUGUAAAUAUGUUGAUAUUUAAUUUAAAAUGA